UCCCAGGCCUGGCCAGGUUGUUGGGCUGCUCGCGCCGCUGUUGCUGGUGCUGCUUGGCUGCCUGGUUGCUGCGCGGCGAGGAGCAGAAGGCGCGGCUCGGGCAGCAUCGGCUGCUAUUGCCGGGACCCGCAAAAAUGACCGAGCUGAGGCAGAGGGUUGGCCGGGAUGCUGACGGACCGCUGGACUCCGAGGAAAAGGAAUCAGAGUUGGAAAACAAGCUGGAUGGAGAAACUGCAUCUGAUACUGAGGGCAAGCCAGAAGUAGCCCCAGCAGCCCCCGAUGAUACUCCAGAAGUUCUUAAUAGGGCACUGUCCAACUUGUCAUCAAGAUGGAAGAAUUGGUGGGUGAGAGGCAUCCUGACUUUGGCUAUGAUAGUCUUUUUCUUCAUCAUAAUCUACUUGGGGCCGAUGGUGUUGAUGAUGAUUGUGAUGUGUGUACAGAUCAAGUGCUUCCAUGAGAUCAUCACAAUUGGCUAUAACGUCUAUCACUCCUAUGAGCUACCUUGGUUCAGAACGCUCAGCUGGUACUUCCUGCUGUGCGUGAAUUACUUCUUCUAUGGCGAGACGGUUACAGAUUAUUUUUUCACUCUGGUCCAGAGGGAGGAGCCUUUGAGGAUUCUCAGCAAAUAUCAUCGCUUCAUUUCUUUUGCCCUCUACUUAACAGGCUUCUGCAUGUUUGUCUUGAGUCUGGUCAAGAAGCAUUAUCGACUCCAAUUUUACAUGUUUGGUUGGACCCAUGUGACUUUGCUAAUUGUUGUGACCCAGUCGCACCUCAUCAUUCACAACCUGUUUGAAGGAAUGAUCUGGUUUAUUGUCCCAAUUUCAUGUGUCAUCUGCAAUGACAUCAUGGCCUACAUGUUCGGGUUCUUCUUUGGGCGCACUCCACUGAUUAAGCUUUCCCCAAAGAAGACCUGGGAAGGUUUUAUUGGAGGGUUCUUUGCCACCGUGGUUUUCGGCUUGCUACUGUCAUACAUGAUGUCUGGAUAUAGAUGUUUUGUGUGUCCCGUCGAGUUCAACAAUGACACCAACAGCUUCACUGUGGACUGUGAGCCUUCCGAGUUGUUUCAGUUACACAAGUACAACAUGCCGUCCGUGCUUCAGUCUGUCAUCGGUUGGAAAACUGUCCAAAUGUAUCCCUUCCAGAUACAUAGCAUUGCACUCUCCACUUUUGCUUCCCUGAUUGGUCCCUUUGGAGGAUUUUUUGCCAGUGGAUUUAAAAGAGCUUUCAAAAUCAAGGACUUUGCCAACACAAUCCCAGGGCACGGCGGCAUCAUGGACCGGUUUGACUGCCAAUACCUAAUGGCCACUUUCGUAAAUGUGUACAUUGCAAGUUUUAUCAGGGGUCCUAAUCCGAGCAAACUCAUCCAGCAGUUUCUGACUCUGCGGCCAGACCAACAACUACACAUCUUCAACACAUUAAAGGCACACCUCGUCGACAAGGGCAUGUUGACUGGAUCAGAAGCGUAGGCAGCUGUGCCAUCAGGAUCGGACUGAAAGUGGGCAAGUUCCCCCCACCCAAGGAAAUCCCCUCUUGGCUUGCCUGAUUUAGGACAAUGACCAGGCCUCACAUCUUUCAUUUUCUUGUUAUUUUUUUUUCCAUAUAAGAGGUUUGCAUUUCUGUAACUUAAAAAAAAAUGUAUUUAUAAGGCUGUGGUUUCAAACAAGCAAACUGAAACUUUCAGCUGAGAAGGAGCUAUGGCAUCGAAGGAGAAACUUGACCACGUCUUUUGGAAGGUAUCCUAAUAGGCCCUUGUACUUGCAGGCUUGGUUUUUUCACCUGACCGACGUGGGUUGAAAGUUACAAGAGGCUGACAUUUCCCUCACUCCCUAGGAGGGGGCGGGGAUGUGUGGAAUGGCAACAGGGCACAUUGGAUACACAAGGGCAGAAAUAUGCCGAGUGGAGUUUCUGUAAUGCAGGUAGAUGACAGGCCAUUGUCCCACAUUCACGUUUCACUUGCUGUGUGGCAAAUCCAAUACACUCUGCAGUUGAUACAGAGGUUUCAUGCAGACCUUAGGAGCCUUGAUUAGUGUCCAGCUUGUGGUGAAGUGAGCUUUUCUUUCCCUUCGCAUCCUUGAGAAUAUAGUGGCGUGUCCAUUGAUCCUCUUUGGCAAGCAUUCUGGGUGCUGGUGGUUCCCCCCCAGUCGUAUGAAUGUGGCUUUUUCCAUAUGUGAAUGUAGCUUGGUAACUGGACAGCCUGAGCAGAGCUGUCCUCAUUGCGCAAGAAGAAAAAGCUGGGCUUGUUGCCACGAUCCGGCAGCCAAAUCCCAGCCAGGUGGGAGAGUGGCUGCGUGCUUGUGAUCCAACUGCACGUUCUCAAACCAUAAGCAGGGACACGUGGAUGUGUUCUGUUGUCACAGUGGCAUUGCUGUGUUUCGUGCAUCAGCAAAACUCAGUGAGCAACCAGAAAUUAAAACCCAAUUGCUGCAGUGUUAUUUUUUAAACAAAGAAUCCUCCAGAUUGGAGAGAGAACUUGGCAGAUGUUUACCUUUCUGAAUCCAGAGUGAACAAUUUGCUCUGGAAGGCAGCUGAAGCAAAACCAAAACGGGAAGGGAGAAGCCUUUGUUUUUAAUUCAUAAAUCCUACUGUCAUUUUAAGGACUUUUCAUUUUAGUGGAAUUGGGAAAGAAGAGUACAGAAUAUAAAAUGAUAUUAAAUCUGAAUCAAGCAUAAGAUCUGGCUACAUGGAAACUUGCUGCAGAUCUAAGAAAGAAACCCUCUGUAGUUUUGGUCCAGCAAGCCCAGGUUGUCGCACGUGACCAUCAGUAUUGACAAACCCUUUGAGUAGCUUUCUCUGGCUCUAGAGCUCUGAUGAUCCCUGCUACAAGUCAAGCCACAUGCUAUCUAAAGCAUAAUUGAAGCAUGCUGCUGGUGAGCUAAAACAACACAUCAGUGGGACUUUGCAUUCACUCUGGCAUGCUGUGUAGCUGUUUUGCAUGGGUAACAGCCCCAUUUACACUGAACACAUACUGAGUCCCAAGAGUGAGUUGCUGCCAGCUAAGGCAAAACAUGUGUAAAUUAGGCCUUUGUUUGGUAGGAAAAGGCACUUUGGAUUGGCUGUCAUUCCAUGGAAAUUCCGCCUUCAGAGGCUGCAGCCAAUGAUAAUCUUGAUUGCUUUUGCUGUGGUGGCUUUUUGGAUCUGAAGCCAAGUGCAUCUGAAAUCCUUGAAGAGGAGAGCCUGCCUUGCCAGGUUGUGUCACACACUCCAGAUGUGUGUAUGCACAGUGAAUAUUUAAGCUACGCAGGCCCAAUAGGUAAUAUUACACAUGAUAGCAAUAUCAUCACAAGAGUGGGUGUGAUGCAAUCAGUGCUCAUGUGGCUAAAUUUUUUUCUUUCUGUAUGCACCUUUCGUACUUUGCCUGUUCCCGCUUGUUCUGUCUCCUCUCCCUUUUUCCCAUCACAAGAGUGGAGAAAUCCACUGGGAGAGGGAUGAUUGAGUGGGUGAAGCCACACAAAGGGUUGAACCACUCCCACCCCAACUUCAUCUUGUUUUCCUCUAGCAAAGAUCAUCACGAACAGUUAUAUGCAGUUGCAUACCUUGGGUGUUAUAUGUGUUCUUGUGCAGUCUGCAACUAUAAUUGUGACUUAGCAGCGUCAGGCACUUGCACUGGGGUAGCUUCUCAGAGUUGGGUUUGAAGACUACUGGAAUGUCCCAAGUCGUCGCCCUCCCUUUCUGAAAAUCUGAACAAAUGUAAUAUGGCAAUUUGAAUAUCACUACAGUGCAAAAGCAGUGGACUGUGGAGCUGAAUACAUUGUGCAUCUGUUUUCAAAUAAGGAGUAACUGAAGAGAGACUUAAUCUAGCAAGCAACAUUCCGCAUCAAAUUGUGCUGCUGUCUUCUAAACUCAGUGGGAGUUCUGGUUUUCCUCCUCUUUUUCUGUAUGCUGCUUUGCCUUCUGUAUACUGCAGCGGCUUUUAGAAACACCUGGGGUGUUUUUUUGCUAAUAUUCAUUUUUGAAUACUUAGUUGUGAAUAGCCAAAUUCUUUUAACAUGCCAUUUAAAAAAAAUAACCUCUGAGAGUUCAAACAAGAUCUGUAGUUUAAACCUAGAGUUUAUUUUGCAUUGUAGAGCACUUCCAUCUGAAACAGUCAGGAUUAUACACAAAAGUGCCAGGUUUGCAUGUUUAUUCAUUUUCACCAUUAUUUAUAGUCUGAAACAUUUUUCUGGAUGUGUACCAUUUGAGAUUGCUGGGUGGGCCUUAUAUGCUUUAAUGCUCCUUUGCAGACGAAAAAAAGUAUGCCAAAAACAGGGUGUUGUGGGCCUAGCCUAACCUUAUGCCUGAAGCCCCACUUUUCUAGUGUUUCUGAUAAUUCUUAGAAGAGCAUCCAAAAAUAUAUGUUUGGGUAUAAAAAAAGUCCUCUCAUAAGUGGUAAAGUCCAGCAAGUGCUUUACUUUUUGAUUUUCUAAUUGCUUUAACUGGCUCUCAAACAAAUGAUUGGUGGAGAAUUUCUCCUCCAGAUUGAGUAAUGGAGAAAAGGAACCAAAACCUCCCAUCCAGUUCAGACUAUGCACAUGACAUUUUACUCAAGGCUAGCUGGUUUUAUCACUGAACUUUAAUUAAAAAAAUUAAUGUCCACUGGAUAUGAUGGUCUCUUGACACAGUUACUACUUACUCCAUGCCACAGUUUGCAAUGACUGUUCUGAACGUUGUCCCCACCCCUGCCCCCAUCAGAGUACUGGAGCCACUAAAAGAAAAGUGAGUCACUGGGGUUGAAUAAUCAAGUUCUGGUGAUCAAAGACCAAAUGAUCCAGAGAUGUUGAGGCCUAUGGGAGAGGAUCUGUGGUUGGAUUUCUUCGUUAGCAAACAGGAAUGGCUCCAGUUGGCAGCAUCCUUCCAGGGAAGUCUUGAGAGUUGCAAAUACUGAGGGGAAAUUGGGGGAAAAACGCUUCUGCGUUGCUGUCACAGAGACCAAAAAUGUUUGGGUACUUUAAACUGGCCCUCAGCUAGGAGGUGUUUUUUAAUCUGGAAAUGAGCACGUGGUACAUGUUGACCACCUAUCAGCUAUGUAUUGUGCUGGAAGUUAUCAAGUUGCCUCCAACAAAGCAUGUGACCGCAGUGACCCUGACCCAGCAGAGUGUUUUGGCACCAGUCACUUCCUGCUGGCAAUGGCUUGUGGGUAAUUGAUGGACACCAUAUUGCACAAAGCUCAAGAGGAACCAGUUCAAGGAGGAGAGUGCUUCAGACCAGUCUCUGUCCAGUACAACUUGAUUGGCAUUUUUUUGGUUUCUGAUUGAAUGCAGUCACAGUCAAGCUAAACUGAUUUGCUCCGCAGAACUGCAGGAAAGCAGAGAAGGUCUGCCUACCCACUCCCAAACCAUGCCAAGGUGCUGUCACCCACAGAAGAGAAGACUUAAGACCUUCAUUCUUUUUGCCAGCUCUUGAAAGAAAGCCUAGGAAAUUCAAUAGUAACAAUAGUUGUACAAACGCAGCCCCACAUUUGCAGCUGCUUCAUGUCUCUGUUGUGACUUGCACCACUUGUGAGGCAUUGGUGACCCUGCACAUGGUCACAUUGAGUUGGUGGUCAGCUAAUAGACUUAGAGUCCUGCUGAUCCUCUAGCUUUGUGGUUUCUAUGUUGCCAAAAUGGUAGUUGUGUGAUCGCACUGCUUUUUUACUGUAGUGUAGUUUUUCAGCUGCUUCAGUUAUGCUUUUCAGACCCUGGAUAUUACCCUACCUGUGCAUGCAUUCAUGUGUGUGCAUACGAGUACACAUCAUAUGAGAUUAAUUAGGGGGCAGAGUUGGGAACUGCUGUCUGUAUUCUGAAACCCUCAAGUUCACGGAUCUUUUAGAGAGUCAGCCAUUCGUAUUGUUCACAGAAAAUGUUAGCAGAGGCACAGAAGAGAGAGUCUAAAGGCUUGGAAUCCCUUUAAGGUGACUGCAUUUGAAUACAUAGCCAAUUCUUCUGGUUCAUGUAGUCAAUUUUGGUGGCAAGAAAGAACUGACCGAUUUAAGUUCAGUUCCUUUAAAAAAGAGAAUGGUAUUUUAGUUUCUACUUGAUGGCAGUUCCAGUGAUCAGGCACCACUUAUAGCUGCUUUAGUUUAGCUUUGGAAAGUGUUCAGUACUGCAGUGCUGACAGUAACCACUGGAGGGGAUUGAUAGUUUCAUCUUUCCUACCCAGACAGAACAAUGUGGUUCACAUUGACAUUUGUGUUCAAACUCUGUUGGUCUCAAGGCUGUUAGUUCUCAGAAAGAAGUCAAGAGAUGCAGCUACAUUUGCUGGUGAAUACCUUCAGUUUGCAUGGCUUGCAGAUGAGCGAAUUAUUAUUUCCCACCAACAAAAUAUUAUUGGGAUCUAACACUGCUAUUCAUGUUUCAGGGCUGGAAUGCUCCAUCUAGACCAGACAUGGCUAAUUUUCUGGUCAGGCUGGCCCCUAGGGUUUGAAAGGGUUUACUCCCCGCCCUCCAAGUUUGGAGCACGAUGCAGCUGUAAUUAAGCUUUAGACAUUGCUGGAAAGAUCUGGUGAGGCGCUCGCAGUCUCAUCUCUUUGGAGUCUGAGCCAUGUGGCUUCUAGAUAUCUAUCCACCACUAGCUUGGUCAGCAAAAGAGGAAUCUGCAUAGUGUUCAGGACUCCCUUUUUGAGGUGGAUCUAGAUUGUGUAGAUCAUUUAAGAGAUCAUUGCCUGUGUUGGGUGGGAAAGAGAAUCAUGACAUCCCCUUUGGAACUGGACCUACAACAGUAUUUCAUACUUUCUGCCCAGUUAGGGUUAAAAUGGCUCCAAGAGAGUAAUGAACUGGGCUGUAUUGGAUGCGAGAACCAGCAAUGACGUUUUAGUAAAAUUCGCAGAGUUCACUGAAUGGAGUUUGGGCAUAGAGGUACCUGAAAACUGGAAUGUGGAUGGCAGAUUCAAGUUUCUUCACCCCCCAUUUAAAGAACCUAUAAUUAUCUCAGUGUUAUUUGCUUAGUAUAUGAAAGCGUGAAGCUGGGAUUUUGUUAGUCAACAAACUACUGAAAAGGAGAAGUUGAGAUCUAGGACUUUGGAAUCUAGCCUGUUUGUUCCCAAGCGAGUUUUCGCCCCCUCAAGGUAAUGGAAGCAACUGUUGCCAAAACAAACCUGACCCCCAAAUGCCAAAAACUGGAUUGAAAAUACUUCUACAUUCCCCCACUGACAAAUAGACUUAUGGUGACUCAAAGCAGAUCCAGAGCCACGUUUCACACUUCCAUUUUUGGGCCACUGAAUAUCAUGUUAGCAAUAGUCCCCACUCUUUCCCCCUGUAUCUUUUGAUAUAUUGGAGGGUGACUUAGCUUUGUAGAAACCACGUAUACUCAACACCUGGAGCUGACUAGUAACUUGUCAGUGUGUGUCCAUAAGAACUCGUGGUGCCUGUAGUUCGCUCAGGCACAACACUGUACUUCCGUGGCUCUCCCUCCCCUUGGUUACUGCUCUUUAGAUCAGAUGUAUUUAUUCUAUCCAUAUCACUUGCUUAUUUCUCUGUGCACUGUCUUUUAUGGGGGGGGGGAUUAGUGUCAGUUUUGCAGACACACAUAGACUUGCUUUUUUGACUGUCAGAAUGUGAAAUAUUGUAUAAAGUUAUUUUACCCCUAUUUAUAUACUGUAUGUUACUGUUAAAUAAAAAUGUAUCUAAAUUA